AGUAAGUAUACAUCAUCGCUUAUUGCUUAUCCUCUAGUGUAAAUUUUAUCAUUGGUGUAUGCGCAUGUUCUUCCUUUCUUUUCUUUUGUGUUUUGGUAUGUGUGUUUUGUUUGUCCUAGAUCGAUGUAAUAAGCUAGGUUCCUCUAAUUGCAACAUCCAUGAGAGGAAAUCAUCUCAAAUUUUGACGGUUGGUUCUCAAAAAAGUGGCCGGUUUUCUGUCAGUACCGAUGAAUUUUGAUAAAAGAGCACAAGGUGAAAGUCAUAUUCCUGGAAGAUCACAAGAACAGAAAGGAAAGAAGAGAAAAAAUGAUUUUGGGAAGCAUGGCAAGGGUUUUAAGAAAAGGAAAGAAGGGGUGAAGCAAGUCUUGAACAGUCUUGCUAAACAACUUCCACAGUUGAGCAACAAAAUAGAAAACCAAGAAAAACUCGUGGAUAAAAUAUUAUUGCAUCAAAUGACGCUUGGAUCUGAAGUAUUUGAGCUGCUUAAGGAGGAAUCUGCAAUCUUAUGUCCAGAUUCCAAUAAUUGGGAAACUAAAAAACUUUCUGACAUCAUCUUGCCAUUGAAACAUCGCAGCAAGAUGCUUGACAAACGAAUUCAACUUUUGUGUGAGAUGAUGGUGCUGAAAUGAUAAUCUUCAUGUUAUCUUUGGACAUUUAUAUAUGCUUCUAUAGACAUUUGUGCAGUUCGAUUCUAAAACUGCAGAGCUUAUGUACGUCAUAUUUAUGGUUUAAUGAAGAGAUGUUCUGUGA